AUUUAUCAUUUAUCAUUUGCAUUAGCAUUUCUCAUUCAUUUUCGUUUUAUUCAUUUUCAAUCCCAUGCAUGCAUUGCUACAACCCUUUCUUUAAGCUCCAUUCUAUUCUUUUCAUUUUUCCCUCCAUCCCUUUUAGACUUAUUGACGACACACACUCUCUUUCUCUCUACCUCUCUUCACUAUGCUGUCCACACAGCCACGAUCUUUCGAUGUACUUGGCUCGUUCAAAGGCCUUUCUCUCGACUCUUCUACUUCUCAUGUUAACAAUGAUAGCGAUAAUAACAACAGCACCAGCGAUGGCGCCUUUCGUUCCACUACUUCAACAAGAUCAAAGAUUUUACCCAAAGCAUUCACGAGAGUUGCGAAGUUACAACCCAACAAUAGUACAAGUCUCUUUGACAACAAACAAAUCAAAACCACAGAAUCCAAUUGUACUGCACGAAGAGACUCGGGCCAUUGUGAAGACGCUAACGAUAGCACUAAUGCUUACCAGAUCAGCAAAGGCCUUCAGCGCUUCAGACCAAGCUUACCCUCAUUCAACAGCCAAGACUCGGACUAUCUAGCUCUCCCUGCUCAACGUGACAGCAAAAAAAUCACUUGCUCCUACUCGACUUUUACCAGAAUCCCAAAAUUGCCGAGUAAUAACAGCAAUAACACGAUUAUCCAUACUGGCAGCCCUUGCAACAGCAGCAGCAGCUCCAAUUUUGGCAGCAAUACCAACAAUGGCUAUCAUCAUAUCCUAAGCAGUUGCGACACUAAAAGUAAUCACAACAAAAAUAGUUUUGGCAGAGCCGCAUCUGCUCUGUCUCUGUCGCUCUCACUUUCACCGCCACCAUCGACAGUGCCUCCUCUUUCCUCUGCGUCCUCAUGUUCUUCCGCUUCGACUUGCUCUCCCUCAGCUUCUUCACCGCCCACACGCUUUGUUUUCCCGACAAAUGCAAAUUGCAAGAACUGGUGGUUUGAUACUGCUCUGGUAGAGACGCCACCUCAGCUGGAGGAAAGGUUUAAUUUUGAUGGAAAUCUAAGCUCAGGAUCAUAUCGCUUACCCACGAGUACAGAUAUAAGGCCCUUUGAUAGUCUCGACCACUAUCCCACCCCAUCUUGCUUAACUGAUGGGCGCUCGCAAUACAGUUCCAUAAAUCAGCAUAUCCCAACAACGUCACCAUCAUUACCAGAGAGCAAAGGACCAUGCACUCUGGAGUUCCAGGGUCAACAACAGCAGCAGAUAAAGAGGAGAGAAAAAGAGGAGGAAGGGGAGGAGAGCAGACACCAUUCUCUACCGCAGACCUCACACCAAGGAUUUCAACAGAUCAAACCUAACACCAAUACCAACACGUCUACAACACAAGCCCACUUCCUCAACCGGCCCCGAAACCCUUCCCCACCACCGGUUCUGACUGGGUUCUGCUCCCUCUCCAAGAAUACCAUCAAGAGCAGUGGAGAGCCUUCGCCUCAGGAUUAUUUGGGUGAAACUGACUUACCAUAUCCAAUGCCUUCAACUCUUCAGGAGAGACAGGCGAGACAACGUAAGCGGGCGGAGCAGCUACGACAACUAAAGAUCCGGGAAGAGCGCGAGGCAAGGGAGAACAUUAUCAAUCAUAUCAAGAACAGCAGCGGGGGGCGCACAUAUGGAAGUCGUCGUUCAACAUUGAGGGUGGGGUUGGGAAUGCGCCGUAGGGGCGCUUCAUUCAGCGCAGGAAUGUACGGUAUAUACCCUCAUUCGUACUCAUGCACAGGAACUGGAACCUCAUUCACUCCCGGUUCACCAUCCUUGUCUCGUCCGCUCUCGAUGUCGCUAUCAUCUUGGAUGAGUGGUCACGAUGAUCAGAAUACUCUUUAUCAUUUUGAUCAUCGCCAGCAUGCGCUUCUCAAACGUUCACCAUCCUCUCCAGUGAGGAGUAUCAAUUGCUUUAAUGACAACAGCAUCAACAACAUUCGAAGUAACGAUAAUAGCAAUAAUAAUGAGCAUAAUGAAAAUAAUGAAAGUAGCUGUAACAAACCCAAGCCCAAAAACAAAAGUAACGGCGACAUUCCCAGAAAACCUCGCAUUUGCGUUGGAUUCGACCUGCAGAGGACUAAAGUUUUUGAGUAUGAGGUUGGUGAGGCAUGGACCCCAUGCUCCAACUCUGCGCCGCCAUCACCUACUGCUGUGCAUAGUGCUGAAGGAGCACAGGGGUAUUUUAGUCUCUACCGAUGAGGAAGCCAAC